AUGUUCUCCCCGCCCCCUUCUCCCGGAUUACCAGCUCUGGUACCCCGACCGCGGAAAUCAGCCACUGGACCCAGGCCGAGUCGAAUUCUCCGAGUUGCCGCGUGGAUCAUUGGUUUAGCACUGGUUUCCUUCGCUGCGAGGGCCGUCGUAAAGAAGGAAAUAGCGGUGCCGGUCGUCGGAUGGUCCCUGGAUAACCAUGAAGAAUACGAAAUGGUUGGUCAGUAUGACUUGCCUGACUUUCCCACGCCCAUCGCUGUUACAGAUAAGAAAGGGAGAUCCAAGUGGACGGUAUCCAUCCCACCCACAUACAACUUCCCCUUGACCACCAAGGAGUAUGCGGAUAUCUGCACCAAAUGCCAAGAAGUGGCCACCCACGUCAGAGAGUUACACGGCUACACGAACCCCUCCCAAGAGGCCCAGAUAGAUUAUUACCACAAGGAUCCCUACUUUGUUGAUGUUGGCGAGGCUGAAAAACGCGGGCUGCUGCCGGGAGUGGGGAAAGCAUGGAAAGUGACGGCAGAGGCUCAAGAAGGUCACCUGGUAGGAGACAAGGAAGAUGGACUGGCCGACAAAAGCACUUGCAAGACGUCCUUAACAUUCGUUUUGGAGUCAGCCAACGCCGGAUUAGGUCCCACGUUGAUGAUGUUAUGGAUGGCGUAUGGUUUGGCCCAGAAAGAGAAGCGAGCUUUCUUCGUUGACGAUUCGCGGUGGGCGUAUGGGGACUACACUGCCAUCUUCAAAGCCCCGCCGACUCCUGACUGCAGUGCACCGCCGCGUCACGAGAUGCUACCAUGCCCUCAUAGCGCGCGACACUUGGUCGUAUCCACGGCCACGGCGUCAGAGACAUUUGGAAAGAGCUUCAGCUCCGAGUACGAGAAUCGUCAUCGAAACAACGUCGACCGAGAACGACCGAUAUAUGAUCUUGCCCGGAUUGGUUAUGAGGCGCUGUUCCGUCUAAAUGACGAGGAUCAGCCCUAUGUAGAACGUCGCGUCAAGGAGCUCAGGACGAUGAUCAAGGUGAAAGAGGGAGGCUACAACGACGGCAUGAUCAUCGGAGUUCAUGUUCGACACGGCGAUCUACACCCGUACGAAUACCAGUACAACGGCGCGUAUAUCCCGCUAGAACUUUACGCAGCAAAAUCUAAAGAGCUCAUCGAAGAGUACCAUAACUCCAGUACUCUCCUCGGAGGUGAAGAUGCGAUCGCGAAGCGACAUUCAUUUUCCAUCGUCGCAUCAGAUGAUCCCGACGUCUACGACACAGAAGAGUUCUCGCAUUCUCUGAGAGCACAAGAGCAAAUCAAGCUCGCCAGCAAGCAACACAUCCAAAUGGCCAACCCGGAUAAGACGGUGAUGCACAAGUUCGUGGACGAGACUUUCGGCUGGGAGGGCGGAUUCUUCGCGAGCAUGUUCUGGAACCUGGGCCGCUCGACGGUGAAUAACGCGAAUGCGGUAGGCGAAUCACAGACGGUAUAUACCCCGUCACCGGAAACCAUACGGCUUAGAGGGCUGAUGGGUCGGGCCUACGUGAUGGACCUCGCUGUCUUGGGCCAGGCUAGCGACGCUGUCAUCUGCACUAUCAGCGCGAUGGGAUGCCGAUUGCUAGCCGUGAUCAUGGGCUGGGAAAAGGCGAUGGAGAACGGGAAAUGGGUCAACAUCGACGGGGAUUAUCAAUGGGCUGCAUUGACAUUAUGA